CGGCACGGACUGCACUGGGCAAUGGCUGAGUGGGGAAAACAGCUUGCGGGCGUGGAAGGGUUGGUGCUAGACAUCAGCGGGGUGCUUUAUGACAGUGGAGGCGAAGGAGGCGGAGUCCCCAUUCCCGGAUCUAUAGAAGCAGUGAAAAAGAUCAAGACAUCUGGUCUUAAGCUGCGGUUCUGCACCAAUGAAACUCAAGCUACGCGAGACAAGUUUGUAGGAAAGUUGCAGCAUCUGGGCUUUGACAUUGGGGUGGAUGAAGUCACUGCUCCAGCACCAGCAGCAUGCCGAAUCCUGAAGGAACGCAACCUGAGGCCACACCUGCUUGUACAUGAUGAUGUUAUCCCAGAAUUUGCUGAUAUUGAUACAGCAAACCCAAACUGUGUGGUGGUUGGUGAUGCAGCAGACAACUUUUCUUACAAAAACCUUAAUGCUGCCUUCCAAGUGCUCAUUGGUUUGGAGAAUCCAGUUCUGAUAUCUCUUGGAAGAGGGCGUUAUUAUAAAGAAACAGAUGGCUUAAAACUUGACGUUGGGGCAUAUAUGAAGGCAUUGGAGUAUGCAUGUGAUAUUCAAGCAGAGGUGGUGGGAAAGCCAGCCAAAAUGUUUUUCCAGUCAGCCUUGAUAGAAAUGGGCAUUGAACCACACCAGGCCAUCAUGAUUGGGGAUGAUAUUGUAAAUGAUGUUGGAGGUGCCCAGCAUUGCGGUAUGAGAGCUCUACAAGUACGGACUGGAAAGUACAGGCCUUGUGAUGAGCACCACCCAGACGUGAAGGCUGAUGGUUAUGUGAACAACCUUGCAGAAGCUGUGGAUGUGAUUCUAAAACAACUGCAUAAGUAAUGGAGCUGCAAGGAGUGACUGAAGGCAUAAAGAUGAGUGACUUAACUUGAGGUCAGUGACCUUUUGCGCACAUCUCUGCUCAGCUCUUUUACAUAUAUUCACCUAGUUUUUUUAAAUGCAGUAAUUAUGUUGCAGUGAGGAGCACUACAUACAUGCCUCAAAAGUCUGAUUUUUCUAACUUGUCUUUGCAAGUAACUACAGUGAAAUACUGACUACAGCAAAAAGUAAUGAAGCCUAGUGCAUCCUUAUAGCUGCCACCCUUCUGAAUCUUUUGUAUCUUAACUGUUUUGGGUACGUCUAACCAUGUCCUAUCACUGAAUAAACAUCUGUGCCACAUACUACCGUACUUGGCCUGGGACCUGCUUCCUGUGCUGGCUGGUGUUUUUCUGUUUCCUGGAAGAAAGCCCACAAAGGGAGGUCACUUUGUCUCUAGGUCACUUUCCUAAGAAAUCAGCGCAGAAGUGACCCAAUUCUUAACCAGAGAAUGGGGAGGUUUCAUUUUCAGGUUGCCUUCCAUACUCGGGGUUUCUCUUGAGUUCAGUCGCCCAUGCAGGCAUUUCCUUGGAGUGAAGGACACGUGUAAAGCAGAGGAGCUGCUUUGUGAGCAUCCUCACUGCAUCCAGAAGGAAUGUACCUGCCCUGUUCAAGUUCAAGAGCUGAAAUGGUAGCACCCAGUAGUGCAGGAAAAGACCUUGUCGCCAGACUCCAAUUCCCACAGGCCCCCUGCCAGCUUGGCCAUUAGCCAGAGACAAAGGGAGUUGUAGCCCAACAACACCUGGAGUGCCACUGGCCCCCCAUUUUUGUUUUCAUUAAAACAUUUUAUUUAAGGGGCUCAGAGUCUGCCUGAAGUAUAGGAGGUGGGGCAGCACAGGUGCCUGAGCCAGCGUUUCAUUCACUGGCAUGCACACCUGUCGUCUCAGUUACAAAGCUGGGCUUAGGAACCCACCCUGGGUUUUCUUUUUCUAUUAUGUCCGUCUUUUGUAUCCUUAAGAGUAGCACUUUCUUAUGCAAGGGAGGGGCUGCUUCAAAGCCUGUCCAAAUGAUAGUUGAGAUUUUAGAGGGGGGGGGGAGAGUGUGUUUGGCAUGCAACCACAAUUCCCUCCUGGCGGAUCCAGAGUAAAAUCAGUGCCCAGCACUUCUGAAGAAGGUUUCCUCUAUAGUGUUUUGCACACAUGCCAUUCUGGGAAUGUCAUGAGUUCUGUUCACCUUCAUCCCGAGAAACACACACAUUUGUGUUCACUUUCAUUGUCUUGGAGGAAACACAGGCUCCCACGACCAGACUGCCGCUGUCUAAUCACAUUGUUUAACUCUUCUAAGAAUAGCCUGACACACUGAGAACUAUCUUCUGGUGGCUGGACUCCAAGACGAAAGAGUUGGUGUUGGGUUUCCCAAUUUCGGAGCCAAAUGACUAUGCUUUCUGCUGCUGCUGCUGCUGCUGCUGCUGCUGCUGCUGCUGCAGCGUGCAAGUCUUCAUGGAUUGGGAAAGGGAGAACAGAACCAUUUUGGUUAAACUUAGCAGCAAAUGGAAAGACCAUUGUCCCUUUCGGACCAUUUUAGUCAGAUUCUUGGCAUUGUCACACUUUUCUAACUUGAGGUAGUAAACUUGUGUUUAGGCACAUCCAGUGAGGUUCAAGUGACUGAAUGUUGCUCUAUUAGGAAAAUAAUCUCUACAUACAGAAAAGCAGCUGAAGGGGAAAGUAAGACUAGAAUCCUUCUCCUAGUGACAUUGGUUUUCUCUGUCUGGGGAACUUUUAGUGUGGAGCUGUCAGUUAUUGAGGCCAGAUCUGCAAUCAGAAGUGGGAUGCUCUAACUGAGAACAAGGCUUUUAUAUCUCUUUAUUGGUGAUUCAUGGGUGGCACUCAAAGCUGUACUCCUGUAUACACUUCCUUGGCAGUAGGCGCUAUUGAACUCCGUGGAACUUACUUUUUCAGUAAAUGUGUUUAGGAUUGCGUUACAUUUUCCUUACUGAGCCUGAUGCGUGGCAAAAUCAGCACCUUUUCAGACACUGAAGGCCGUGAGAACGGAAGACCAGAGCCUCAGAGAUUCUAGCCUGCAGCAUAUAUAUGACCUUCAUUUCUCUAUUGCAGGG